UCUCCUAAGAUGGUCACUGAUCCCAUAAAAUAAAUCAGUCUCAGCCAGCGAUAGUGUUCUGCUCAAGCUAACAGACAUGUCGGAAUUUCUGGAGGACCCGUCUGUGCUCACUAAAGAUAAGCUUAAAAGUGCACUGCUGGCCCAUAAUGUGGCUCUGCCGAACGGCGACCAGAAGAAGGACGUGUACGUGCAGCUGUACUUGAAGAAUCUGUCCGCGCAAAACAAAAAGAGCAGCGGCUCUCCGGAUGUCUUCUCCAGCGACGAGGAACUGCCUCCAGCCCCCGUGGUCUCCAACAGGAGCCGCUCUGGCAGGAAAGCCACCAGGAAAACUGACAAAGUUCGUCCAGAGGAUGUUGAUGUCACCGAAUUGAGCAACGAUGCUUUGAAAGACCUGUUACUGAAGUAUGGCCUGAACGCUGGACCCAUUGUUGCGUCCACUCGGAAGGUCUACGAGAAGAGGCUUCAGAAGCUGUUGGAUCAAGGUCCUCCUGAGACUGUGACCCCUCCCUCAGAGACGUCACAGACAGACGGCAGCCAGAAUGGCAACACAGACUCAGACCAGUACAGCGACAAAGAGGAAGAAACGGUAGCUCCAGCCCCUGUGUUUGUGCCCGAACCUGAACCGGAAGUAGUGGCCGAGCCGAUCCCAGUUGUGGAGAGACCAAUCAGGAGCAGAGGGAAAACGCCAGUGACCAGCAGAACACGCAGUGGCCAGCACAACAGGGAGGAUGAGGAACAUAAGCAGGAGGAAGAUAUGCCGGUUUUGAACAUUAAGAGAAAGUUGAAGAGAUCUUCUCACAGGCUGGAUCAGAUAAUUCCUGCAAGCGACGACACCGAGAACUCUGAGCUCUCAUCUGCAGAGUACUUCCCUGUUACUCAAGACAGGAGAAGAACAGGACUUGUGGCAACAAGAAAAGAGCCCAGACCUUUGCUCACAGACAAGACGUCAAAGCUCUCAUCUAAGACUGAAUUUCUGAGACGACGCAGCGCACCAGUCCGCUCAUAUCGGCCUGAUUUGAAUGAGGCUCCUGUUACUGAUAAGGAUUUCUCUGAGUCCUCAGUUUUGAAGGAGGUCUCUAUUCCUCUGGUGAGGAUGAAAGUACAACCUUUGGUAGAGCCAAAGGAUCCCAAACCCUCAAAGCGCUCCUCCAUGUCUGCAACUAACUGGGCAGAAUCACUAAAAUGGCACAACUCUCCUUACCAGUCUGCCUUAUCCGGUUUACAUGGCGCCACUCCUGCUGACAAGUUUGAUGAGAAUGCCGCUGAAUUCACUUCCCCUCUGAUUAGACCAUCCAAUCGAGAGCCGCUCGUUUCCCUGCUUAAUACUGCUUGCGUUGAGGUGGAUGGCCAGGGUAUGCAGGACAUACUGAACUGUAGACCUUCGAGCCGUUCUCCUGUGGCACAGGAAGUCAAAUCUGUCACAGUAUCGAAGCUCUCAAAGCCUCAUUUGAGUCAAACCAAACCUUCCAAACCCUUGAUGGACAUGGUGAUCCGUCUUUCACCUUCCUGUGAUGGCCGAAGAGAGGUUUUCCCAUCACACUCAGUUUCUUUUAGGGAUUCUUCCCCCCGUACAGUUUCAGAGGACUCUCUUCCUGUCUCAUAUGACCAUUCCCAGGAGAGCUUUGGCUCACCAAAGACCAAGACUAGACAGUCCAAAAUCACCCCUUUCUUUUCCCAAAUCACUUCUGUCCGAGGACUUGAUAGCAGCCAGACGGAGACGCCAAAGACAGCAAUGGUUGAAAAGGUGUCUGCUAUUGAUCAGACCCCGAGGACGGUAGAGAGAGAUGUGCUUAAAGAGAUCUUUCCCAAUGAAAACCUCAGCACCCCUACUGGAAUCAGUGCUACCUGUCGCCGACCAAUCAGAGGAGCAGCUGGCCGGCCCCUGGUCGGUGACACAUGGCUGGACGAAUCCCGUCUCCGUCUUAAGGAGCUCAGAGAAACCAGCUCCUUCUCCACCUACACAGAGACCCGAUCUGUUCCACGUGUGACCGCCGUCCCUCUAACCGCUUCCAAGCCCGUGGCGCCCCCUGCUGUGAAGACCAGAGCGCGGCGCAGCCUGCCUGUGUGGGUGCAGCUUCUGCUGCUCACUGCAGUCGCUGGAUUCCUGUUCUUUGUCUACCAGGCCAUGGAGACUAAUGAGGUUGGACUCUUCAAGCAGAGCGGAGCAGAUGAUGGCACCAGCAAAUGAAUGUUAUGCGGAUCGCCCCAGUCUUUUCCCUCUUUAUCAUACUCAGCCAGUACGUCUCUGUUGAUACAGCAGCCGUGGACUUUUAUCUGCGAUCUUUAUAGAUUCAUACAAAGACAGAAAGCCCCAGCUUUUGCAUCAUGUCUGUUCAUACCCUCUUCCAAAUGAACCAGUUUAGAGGAAUGAAGCCUGGUUUUAAUUUUAAAACGGUCACUUUUCUUGCCUUUUGUAUGUUGAGUGUGUGUGCGCGUUUCAUUUGUACAUUAUUUUACAGAUAAUUGUUGGUGCUGUCAAUGAAUGUGAGUCUAACUGAGUUGAAGUGCUGAAGGAAUUGGCUAAAUACACUUGUUUUGUUUGUAAACUACAUUUAGUGUCUACUUGUGACUAUUUUUGCAUUUAUUUUCACAUGUAGCUCUUUAUAGGUGCCGUAUCUUAACAUUGACGGCCCUUGUAGUAUUUGUGUAUGUUGUUGAAAUACAAAUAUUUUCAAUAAACUCUUUUGCAAU